GAGCGGGACAGGGUCUGUGUGCCUCCCCCCCUUGCUCUACCCUCUCCGUGAGGGGGUGUGAGCCUUCGCCGGCCCCCUUCGGCCGUGGCUGCGGCCUCCCGCCGCCGCAUCAGCCCUCACAGGCCUCCGCCUCUGGCGGCUCCCCCACAGCCGGGACAGGCCGGUUCCCACGCACCCACCCGUGACAGACCGGCCUCCCCCAGUUCCCUAGGCCCCAGUAGCAGCGGGGGGGGGGGGGGGGGGCGGCUCCAUGCAGCCCCCCCUCACAGCCUUGUCCUCUCCUGCCCCGAGGCUCCUCCGAGUUUUCACCCGUCCCUGUCUGCUCUUUCCCCCCGAGCAGUCCCUGUCGGCCGGGGGUCUGCGGGUCUCCUGGGCCUCCCGGUGUCAGCCCUUCGCACACCUUCGCCUGUCCUCACCUCCCUGUCCUGUGCUCGGGGAGGCUUAUUGCCGUCUUCAUCUUCCGUGAAACGGCGGCUUUCUCCCCUGAAUGACCUGACUCCUCACAGGGAAUCACUGUGUAUUAAUUAUCCGUCCUCAUCCUCCCUUUUUACCUUCCUUAAAGACCCUAGUUGUGUCUUCCUUUUUUGGCAUUCCUUUUUCCUUCAUCUCUGGAAGAACAUCGUUUAGAGUGAAAAAAUUUGGCUGGUGGUGGACGGGAGUAGGAGGGUUUUUCUUUGAAGUAGGAGCCAAAAUAUAGUACGUUAUAGCUGGACUUCGCAUUUGUGGGCCUGCACGUCUGUGUGUUCAUGUGUGCCAUGGCUGAAUGCGGUCCAGUUGGUAUAUGGAGUCACAACACUGAAGAGAAGCUUGUGAUUGCAGGACACCUAAAAAGCAUCUCUGGACAAAUUGGAAGGCUGUUGGGUAUUUAUAAAUGGGUCUGUUUUCAGAAGAUGCAAUGCACUAGAUGUGGUGCUUGGAACAGGAUUAGUCAUGGCAUCAGAACUAUGUAAAACAAUCUCUGAGGCAAAGCUGGAAAGGCACAAGAACUUGUUCUUAAAUUACCGAAAUCUCCAUCAUUUUCCUUUGGAAUUACUGAAAGAUGAGGGGCUGCAGUACUUGGAGAGACUUUAUAUGAAAAGAAAUUCCCUGACCACAUUGCCAGAAAACCUUGCACAGAAGCUUCCAAACCUCGUGGAAUUGUACCUUCAUUCAAAUAACAUAGUUGUUGUACCUGAAGCCAUUGGCUCCCUCGUUAAACUGCAGUUUCUGGACCUAAGUGAUAAUGCCCUCGAAAUUGUGUGUCCAGAGAUUGGCCGCCUGAGAUCUUUACGUCAUCUUCGCUUGGCUAACAACCAGCUGAAAUAUUUACCUGCAGAGGUUGGAGACCUGAGGGAGCUGCAGACGCUGGAUAUUUCAACCAAUCGUUUGAUAACGUUACCUGAAAGGCUGCAUAUGUGCCUUUCGCUGCAGUACUUGACUGCAGACCGAAACCACCUGUGGUAUGUUCCCCGCCACCUGUGCCAACUACCAAGCCUCAAUGAGCUCUCCAUGGCUGGAAACCGCCUUGCAUUUUUGCCACUUGAUUUAGGUCGUUCUCGGGAGCUACAAUAUGUUUACGUGGAUAACAAUAUUCACCUGAAAGGCCUCCCAUCUUAUCUGUAUAAUAAAGUCAUUGGUUGCAGUGGUUGUGGUUCCCCAAUUCAAGUUUCAGAGGUGAAACUGCUUUCUUUUUCGUCGGGCCAGUUAACUGUGUUCCUGCCAGCAGAGGUGAAAUCUAUAGGGACAGAAACAGAUCAUGUGCUGCCUUUGCAAGAACUGGCCAUGAGGACCCUCUAUAACGCCUACUACAGAUUUUUAAAAGAUUUGAACUUUCUGACUCCAAUCUCACUACCCAAAAGCCUCUUGGAAUUGCUGCACUGUCCCUUGGGACACUGCCACCGCUGCAGCCAGCCUAUGUUUACCAUUGUCUACCCAAAGCUCUUUCCCUUGAGGGAAACUCCAAUGGCAGGAUUGCAUCAAGGGAGGACAACUGUUAGUUUUGUGGCAUACUGCUGCUCCACCCAGUGUCUGCAGACUUUUGACCUACUGAGUUGAUAAACAUUUAAAACUACUCAGGAGCGCUGCCAGUUUAAAGCUGCAUUAGACGUCGUAUCCCAUUGGUACUGGAAUACUUGUGUGCGCGCAUGUGCCAAAGCAGCAGAAGUGCCCAGUCGGGAACACUAAGAGGCACUUAAAUCCCAUCCUAUCAAAUUUGGAUGAACUGCAGAAACUUUUCGGAAGUGUAAAUACCAAGCUUUUAAAAGUAUUAACUUCUCUCUCCUCUAAGGCAGCAUACAAACCAAACAAAUUCAUAAGCUCUGACUUCAGGAUUUCCAGUAUUUUUCAGAUGUGGCUGUCUUCAGGUUGACCCAUUGCAUCAUUUGAGGCAGUUUUCAUUCCUUUAACAGGGGGGAAGAAAAAAGGUCCAGUUAUGGCAAACCAGUUUUCACUUACUCCCCCCCUCAUCCUCAUCACCCCUACAGCUGGAUUCAGGUACAUAGAUCUAAGCCUACAGAAACCUUUGAAGGAUCCCAGAGACUUUCACAUGGAAUUUAGCUUUAUUUUCCCCCUCAUAAUAUUUUCCCUAGCAGAAUUAUCCCAGUUGUGUACCAGGUCUUUGACAGUUAACUGUGCUAUUUAAAUCUGCAUAUUAAAAGCAGAUCUUUCUUUCUGGUAUCAUUAGAAGCCACACUGAUUUCAUUGGAGUAACUAGGAUAUAUCUGGAGACUAAAGAUCGUGUUUCAGUGAGGAAGGCCGUGUCUCCAAUAAGUGGUCUUGUUCCAGCAUGUUCAAGGGUGUGUUUUCUUUUUUUUUUUCACCACUUGAGUUUUUUAUUUUUAAAAACGCUUCCCCUUUUGCUUCUUUGAAUUCUUCAGGAAGAUGAGUUUAAGUACGAAUUUCACUUGGAAAAGAAAAACCACCCUAGUAAUAUGACAGUAAAUAUUUAACUAUAUUUAUUAUAUCUUUACAAUUGCAGUCUGUAGGUCUGCAAAGACUUGGUUUUCAUCUUUUUCUAGAUUCAGUAUUCGGCUGAUUUGUGAAGGUGUGUCAGUGGACUGUGUUAAUCUCGGAGAAGGCUGGAAAUCCAGGCUGGAAAUCCAUGGUAUCUCCAUGUCGUUAGGUAUAUAUGCACACAUAGAUAUCUUCACAGAAGGGCUGUAACAUUUGGUUUUGUAUAUUAAUGGCAGAUUUAGCACAAAUUGCCACUCGCUAUCGUAUUUGUGGGAAUCCUUUUUUGUUAGACUUUGUUCAUUUUAAAUAAAGGACAAAGGAUGGAAAAAAGGCCCAAAAAGUCUGCAUGACUUUAAAUUUUUAUUUUACACUGAAACAGUUUAUACAAAAUUAGCCCCUCUUGACUUGUUUUGGAAUAUAUAUUAUUAUUUUUUUUUACUUUCAAUUUCUUAGGUAUAAACUACUUGUUGAUUUAGCACAGUGUGCUCCUCUGUGCAGUAGGUAGUUACAAGCUGAAAUAGAUAUGAAUGAAACAGUUUGUUAUAAAAAUGGCAAGAUAAAGAGACUUAUUUGGUAGUAUAUUAGCAUAUGUUGUGGUGAGGUGUACAUACUUUGAAGGGAGGAGGCAUUAAAAUGUUUUCCUUUUGCCAAAGAAGCAUUUGUUCCCGCUGCAGGCUUCCUGGCAUUUCUUCAAUAAAUAGAGUAUCUUAAGAGCUUAAGAGAGUACCAAAAAGGCAGUUUUUGAGGGUAGAAUUUUUAGGUUGUGCAUGUUACUUGUAAAAACUUUGCUGGUUUUAUUGGGUUGGUUUUAGAGAGUUGAAUUAGCAUCAAGAAAUGUAGAACUUAAUCCUUCAGGAAUGCAAGUAUCAUCUACUGUUUAAGAAUUGUGAAACUUUCUAAAAUAAAGCCCAUUUAUUAAAUCUGCUUUGCAGUAGGGGAAAGAGCCAUGUCCAAGCAGACUUUGUACUGUUGGAUAUCAGACUCUGUCGUUUCACCAGGUUUUUUCAAUGUUGGUAUCCCCAACACGCCUUCCCACCCAGGGGGGUUUACUGCUGAAGCAGCAAAAUAAGUCUUCAGCUUUUUUCUUUUUCUUCAGUAGUACAUAGUUGAGGUGUGAAUUGUCUAGGUACAGUUAUACCUGUAUCAGAAAUGUGCAAGUGUAGCACAGAAUCCAUUUUUUUUUUAAUGGAUAAGAAAACUAUGGUAGUGUUACGAAUAUUAAUUUUUGAUACAAUACUCUGAUCAGGAAUUUUCAGCAUUAUUUUUACUGUGGCUUCCUCUGUUGUCUAUGGAGAUAUUUUGUUGGAAGUUUUAGUCCUCUUUUUAUAGGAACUUACAGACUUUAAAACACAGUUUAUUUCUGAAUUCAAGCUCUAAAAGUUAUUUUGCAGUUAAAUCUCUUGAUCAGCUAAAAGACAUUGACAUUUGUUUUAUUAGGAGUCAGAUAAGAGUGGAGCUUGAUUUUGUAUUAUUAUUUUUUAUUUUCCUUCUUCCCAUAAUCUGAUUAUUUUUUUAUUGAGUUCAUAUCAGUCUCUUUAUUAUUGUCUACAAGUGCAGUUCAGGAGAAAUUUAGUCUGUUCUAUAAGCAGGAUGAAUCUUAACUAACAUUUUAAUAGAUGAUAUUUCAAGAAUGGAAUGUUCAAUGAAUAAAUGACUUAAACACGCAAUUGAAGCUGAAAUGUCAUACCCUAUUUUUAUAGAACGAGGAAGAGGAAAGCCAAUAUAUAGACUGAAAAUGCAGCUUAAAAUUCAUGUUCCUCUGAUGUUUUUUAUACGAACCGUGUUUGUAUUCAUCUGUAUCUUUAGGUGAUAUUGUUCUAGAUUAAAAUAAUUCCAUUCUUACUUGUCCAAAUUUUUCUAAAGUUGUUCUACUGUAAAAGAAUUUCAUAACUCCUAACAUGGGAGCCAGCUAUGCAAGUUGUAGAGGGGAGAGGGAGCUUGUUGCUGAUUGAAUUGUGCAUCACUUGUUUUUCAAUAGGAGGUGUCACAAUACUUGGGCUUCUCUUUAAUGCAUAUGUUUCUAGGUAAUUUUUGAUUACUUGCUCUUGUUCUUCAGAUUAGUUCACAUUGAGGUAAAUUUUUCCUUGUACUGCAAAAAAGUCUGGUUCCAGCAGUUGAAAAAAAUGACCAUUUUUAAAGGGUUUUUUGUCAUAAAAGUAGAUCUUAACUCUUCACUUAGGGUGGGGGCAGAAGUUUCUGGUUUUUUUUUUCUAGGCAUUAUAAAGAGAAAGAUGCAGGAGAGAAAUGCGUGAAAAUAAGUCUUUAACCCAUUGAUAUUGCUAUAAAAUUUUUCUCAGUAAAGAUUAACUCUUAAUAUGAUUAGGGGGCACAGGCAUAAUUUUUGUUUAUGUUGUGAUAACAGGCACCAUGUUAAUGAAACUGGGGCCCUACUGCUUAUAAAGAUAACUUUUUUGUUCUACCACAAAGGAAACAGAAUCUCUGGCUUUGCUUAAAUAUAUUACUUGAGCGGUUUUACCAUGGACACUGUUAGAUUUGGAGCACUCCUCUUGGGAACCUUCCUGUUACUCCCCCAAAGGAUCAGAAAUACAAAUGUCCUUUCCGUUGCAAAGAACAAGGUCUAAUAUCAAGAAUUGUGGGGUUUUUUUUCUGUUUUGGCCUGAUACUUCUCUUGGGCUCUCACUGAAGUUAAUUACAAACCCUCUAUUUACUUCGUUGCGGUGAGGUUAAGAUCUUACACUGAGCAGAGCGGAGCUGUUUAUUGCCAAGUUGGCUUCAAUUCUUACAUAUCGAAUUCUGCUGAAUCCCUUUUUCUGGCAUGAAGGGAACACCCGUGUGGUAACAGCGUGUCAGGUUUUACUGACAUCACAGCCAAGUUGAAGACUGGAGAGUGACAAACCUUUCACUAGAGAGGAUGACUUUCUUUUCGAAGGCCACUGUGGCCCCAUCAGAGUACCACUGUUAACAGAAGAACUUUUGCCUUGAUGUCAGUGGAGCUUGGAUCAAGUUUUAAAUGAUGAGAGAGAAGAAUGCGUUUUACCGUGUUUGUUUCUUGCAAAAACUGGGACAAUGACACUGAAGGCCAUAUCUGCUGCUAGGCAGCCUUUCUAUCUGCAGCUGAACUUAACAUAAUUCCAAGUUUAACUAUCUUUGCCUCUUACCUCCCUCUUAAUACUACUCACGUUGUUGCAAAAUGUUAUAGUUAACUUGUGAAGGAAGAGGCUGAGUAAAUUGAAUCCAGAGUUUUUAUUACUUUUUGUAUUACAGACCUAUUUUGUAAGAGACCAGAGGUCUGGUGGAAAGAAAUGGCAAGGUUCAUGUGAAGUCUUCAUUGCUUUUGCUUUUAUGUGUCCUUCUUUGGAUUACAACUUGAACUUUGAUUGCAACUGAGUUCAUUCUAUGUCUGUUGAAAGCAUUUGUGUAUUGCUUUUUUGCUCGGUGUUAACCGUGUCACUUAGUGUGAAGGUGAGCUUGCUAGAUGUUUUAUUUAAAGUUAGUGGUGCAAUUUAUUGUAUGUGCUUGUUAAUAAACUAUAUUUUUGGAUAGAA